CCUCAAGAGCACUAAACCUUGCGCGUGCUCAAGAGCCCGUAGUUUCCGUUUUCUUUCCUAGUGUUGGGGGCAGAUUUCUGCGCGCUGCGCCGACUGUCCUCUGCUUUCCAGCUUUGAAAACGCCUAAAUUGCAGAGUCAGCGGCAUACUCCUGACACAACAGGCACGGUCCAUUGAGGAACCCAGAUAUGGAUGCUGAGCAGAACCAGGUGUUGGACACCGCGUCAGAGACUCGAGAGCAAAAGGAGACUGGAGCAGGGGAUUGCCCCCAGUCACAACUCGACUCUCCAAUAGAUCCCGCAGAAUCUCCAGUGAAUGGGCAAGAAAUGGAGCGUUUGCCAGAUAUGCUGACAGAGUCAGGAAUGUCAGAAGAAGUGCAAGAGACGGCGCCUAAAUCAGAAAAAUCACCAAAGAAAAUGUCUGAAUCUCCUGAGAAGGUUCCAGAGACAUCUCCAGAAGUUGUGACUAAAGCAGAGAAGUACCCAGAAAAACAACCAGAACUAGAGAGCGCAGAGGUCUCUGAGUCAGCUACAGCAUUGUACUUCGAACCAGACAAAAAACAGACCACAGUGCCUGAAAAGCAGCCAAUGCCAGAGAAAACACCAGAGCCUCUGCCUUUAGAUGAGCCUAUAGCAGAGAAUAACAUUGAAACUGCGCCAGAGAAAAUGGCUGAACCCGUCCCAGAAGCUGUUAAACUGUCUGUGCAGGCAGCGCCCGAGCCUGUCACACAGCCAGAAUCUGAGGACGUCAAACUGCUCCAAGAGAAAGAGCCUGGGGAAUCUGAGAAGCAGGCAGAAUCUGGUGUUGUGUUGGCGGUGAUGCCAGCGGAGCCUAAAUCUGUACAGGAAGUGGAGGCAGACAAACAGACCCAAGCUGAAAUUGUACCGGAACCAAAGAAACCAGUCGAGGCUGAGGCUGUGAAGAAAGUGGAAGCAGAGAAACCAGUAGAGGCUGAGGCUGUGAAGAAAGUGGAAGCAGAGAAACCAGUAGAGGCUGAGGCUGUGAAGAAAGUGGAAGCAGAGAAACCAGUAGAGGCUGAGGCUGUGAAGAAAGUGGAAGCAGAGAAACCAGUAGAGGCUGAGACUGUGAUGGAAGAGAAACUGGUAGAAGCUGAAAUUGUUAAAGAAGUAGAGUCCGAGAAACGGGCAGCAGGUGAGGCAGAUGCAGUGGAGCGGCAGAAGGCCGAAGUUGUCGAGCAGAUUCCCGCUCCUGGUACCCUGUCUUUUGCCUUCCUGGAGCAUGAGCAGACCAAAGCCACACUUCGCACCUCUCGCACUCUAAUCAUCCUCCGAGGCCUCCCCGGCAGCGGCAAGAGCCUCUUGGCACGUGCUAUUGCAGAUAACUACCAGGGUCUCUGCACGGUCUGCUGUGCUGAUGACCAUGGUGUGAAACCGGAGAGUCCAGAAGCAUCGGCAGAUGGGUACAAGGCUUUUGACGAUGCUGUGGUAGCCUGCUGCAGUGUAGGAACAUCUGCUCAAGUGAUAGUGGUAGAUGACACCAACCAUACCCAUGAUCGGCUGGCCCGUCUUGGGGAGGUGGCAGAGCAGCACCGGCUGGUGGCCAUGUUUCUGGAGCCCCGCACUGAGUGGAGCAGAGACUUGCCACAGCUGGCCAAGAGGACUCAGCGGGGGCUAGAGGAGGCCCAGAUCCAGGCCAUGAAAGUACCUCUUGAGGAGACGUCCCUGCCCCUUUUCUUUGGCUGGUUCCUUCUCCCUGGCAUCCAGGACAAGGUCAGGUGCACGUCCAUGGAUUUCCUGAAGACGCUGGACACGCUUGAGGCCUUCAAGAAGCACUUGCCUGACUUCACUGUUGAGGCUGAGAAAGAGGUGGACCUGGAGCAGUAUUUCCAAGCCAAUGGCGUUCUUCAUUGCACUACCAAAUUCUGUGACUAUGGCAAGGCUGAGGGAGCCAAGGAAUAUGCAGACAAACCAGCUGUUAAAGAGUUGUAUGGCUCUGCGUUCGAGCUGUCCCUCAGUGCCCUCUUUGUCACACCUCGCACUGUUGGUGCCCGGGUUUCACUCUCUGAGGAUCAGUUGACCCUGUGGCCUGCCGAUGCUGAGGAGGUGGUGUCUGUAGUCCCGGCCGCCGCCACCCUGCCCGCUGGUAGCCGUGCCCACAUCACCCUGGGCUGUGCGGAGGGCGUUGAGCCACAGCAGACGGGCUUCGACCUGCUGGAGAUCCUAGCGCUGCAGCAAGAGGGUCAGGAGGGAGAGCUGGUGGAGGAGAUGGAGCUCGGCUCCCUGGCCUACUACGGCAAGGGGAGGUGGCUACUCAGUCUGAGGGAGCCCAUCUCUGCCCAGGCCUGCUUCUCCAGCCUCUACGGGCCCAAGAAGGCUGACUCGACCAAGAAAGACGGGGACAAGAAGAAGAAGCAAAAGUGUACCAUACUGUAAAGGAGAGGGGGAAGGUGGAAAUGGAUGGCUCUGGAUGAGUGGCGUACUAGUGUUCUGAUUGGUCUGUGGGGAGGUUUGUGUGUUUGUGCUACUUUUGGGGUUUGGGAGGCGUCUUGGAUAUCUCACCCCAAAUUCACAAGCUGUGUGCCUUUCUCUAUUGCUUUGCUGCACAACCCAAGAGGCCUUUAUACCACAGUGUAGGUCAAGCUUAGCAUCUUGUUCAGUGUCUUGUCAUGCGUUUUUAGUGCCAUAGUUGCAAUUGGAUAGGAUUUCUGAAGACUAGGCCUGAUUUCAUGGCUCAGCUGCAGUUUUGACAGAUGUAGUACUGCUUCUCCUAGUACCGCUUCUCACCGUUUGACCACUAUUUUCCUUAAAACUCAAUUCAUGUCUAACACUAUAUUUAAAAAACCUUCCGCAUAUGUCAGUGUUAAGCAUUUAGAUAUUUUCAUGUUUUGUGUGAGUGGCUCAUAGUGUUUUCAUUGCAUGCCAGGUUUAGCAGAUAUAGUUCUAGUCAUGAUUUAGCUUGUUCGCAAAAGAAGUUGCACAUCUAUUUGUCAUUUCCUGUGGUUUGGUCAGUUUAGCCAUGUGUUUGUAUGUUUGGUACGAAGGAAAGAGUUGGGUAAUUUCACAAGUAGCUCAUGGGCCAAAAAGUGUGUCUGUGUAUGCUUGAUUUGAUGUGCUGAACUGUGAAUGUCCUUCAUAGAGGCCAUUCCUAAUUAACUUUUUUUUUUGCACGAUGCUGCAGAAAUCAAAGGGAGAAUGCUGAUGAAUGUGCAGUUUGUUUCAUUAGCUGGCACUUACUUGGUACUUAUCAAAUGCUGUGAAACCAAGGCCACAAUUCUGUAGUAUAGGAGACUGCAGCCUGGGAUCAUCCCUCUUUCUGUCAACCACAGUUAGGUUUUGCAUGUCAACUUGUAUGUAUCCGCUGUCUGUUCAUGACUGAUGUGCAGGUUUCUUAGGGCAAAGCCAUGCUUGUUUAGUUCUUCAAAUGAGUCACUGUUUUUGCACAUGUUUUGUACACUUAAUAAAAUAAUUUGCUUUGCGCCAAA